AUACUUUUAUCUGUCAGUUCUGGUAAAUAUUUACUUGGUUUCACUCAUCAAUAUUGUAUUGUAUUCAAUAUGCUAUAAGAACAUAUGUUUGUCAAUUAUUGGAAAUAGCAUAUACCCCCAGACAAUCUAGGCUUUUAGUUAGCAAGAAGAGUUAUGGGAGCAAUAAAAUAUGGAAUCUUUUUUUUUUUACUGUCAAAGAUUCUUGCUGUGAAUUGUCUGCAAAAAAAUCCUACAGAUUCGGUACAGUUUAAUGGACAAAAUGCAGGAGCGCCUAAUUCUUGGCCUGGUCAACCUGCAGUUCCCCAAGAAAUGACAAAUUAUUAUAAUUCAAUAAAUCCUAACCCUCCACAAAAUCCUUAUUUGAAUAACAAUGAUAAUCAACAACACAUUAAUUAUCAGAAACAAUCGCCCAUGCCUCAGCCGUAUAAUGGGCCACACAAUUUUAAUACACCACAAUACUAUACUGCGCCGCAACACUUUACCCCCCAAAAUCAAAACUAUUUGCCACCAACAAACCAUCAGAUCCAACAAGUAAAUACAUUUCAGCCGCCUUUAACGGGAACGCCACAAAUAGCACAAGCAAAUUCAAUGCUUCAACAUCAAUCAAAAGCACCAACGUCAAUACCAAUAGGCCAAUUCAACAGUGAAUCAGUGCAUGGUCAGCAGUCAAUUAAUAUGCAAUAUCCAAAAUUUAACCAAAAUGAGAACACCAAAUUUAAACAGCCUGUAAUAAAUCAGAAAAAUGAACAAUCACAGAUACCACAAUCAUACAAUUUACACCCACCAUCACAGAGUGGACAAGGAGAACCCCAGUCUUUCGGAACAAUAGAACCUUUGCCUUCAAAAGAAGAUCAGAAACAAUUACCUAUGAGUUUAAAUCACCCAAUACCUGAGGAAUUACCAGAUUUUGGUGAAUUACCAGAUUUUGGCCAAGUUAUAAAUAACGAUAAAAACAAUGAAAAUAAACCAUUACCAGUCUCUUCGACAAUAGUCCCACAAUUAUCACCACUUCCAUCACAAAAUCAAUUACAACCGUCCCUUAAACCAUUAAACCCGUCUUUAAAACCAUUAGAUAAAGGUUAUUCUACAACUGAUGAAAAUAAUAUGGUGAAUAAAAAUGAUGCACCGUUUAUUUCUAAAGGAGACUUUCCUAGUAAUAUUCCACCAACAGAAAAUCAAUUACAUUUAUCACAAUCACCUCCUUCAAUUACUUCUCCUAUCUCAAAUAAAUUACAACUGACUCAAAUGCCAUUACAAUCUUCUACAAAACCAUUGGAUAAUGGUUUUUCCACAUCUAAUAACAAUAAUAUGGAUACUAAAGAUGAUGAGCUGAUUAAUUCUCAAUCAGAUUUUCCGAAUGAUACAUCUCUUUCACCAGAAUUACCUCCACCAAUAAAAAGUCAAUUAAAUUUACCACAAUCUUCUCCUUCAAUUCCUCCUAUCUCAGAUACAAUUCAACUGUCUCAAAUACCAUUACAAUCUUCUUCAAAACCAUUGGAUAAUAAUUCUUUCACAUCUAACAAAAAUAAUAUGGAGAUUAAAGAUGUUGGACCGUUUAAUUCUCAAUCAGAUGUUCCAAACAAUACAUUUCUUAAACCAAAAUUUCCUCCAUCAACACAAAAUCAAUUAAAUUUACCACUAUCUUCUUCUUCAAAUUCUCCUAUCGCAAAUCAAUUACCACUGUCUCAAAGUAUAUUACAAUCUCCUUCAGAACUAUUAGAUAAAGGCUCCUUAACACCUGAUAAAUAUAAUAUGGAUAUUGAAGACGAUGAGCCAUUUAGUACUCAACCAGAUGUUCCGAAUGAUACAUUUCUUGGUCCAAAAUUACCUCAAUCCACACAAAAUCAAUUCAAUUUACCACAAUCUUCAACUUCAGAACUAUCAGAUAAAGGCCCUUCAACACCUAAUAAAAAUAUUAUGGAGAUUGAAGAUGGGUUGCCGCUUAAUAAUUCUCAAUCAGAUGUUCCGAACAAUAUAUUCCUUAAUCCAAAUAUACCUCCACCAACACAAAAUCAAUUAAAUUUUCCACAAUCUACUUCUUCAAAUCCUCCUAUCUCCAAUCAAUUACCACUGUCUCAAAUGCCAUUACAAUCGUCUUCAGAAUUAUUAGAUAAAGGUCCUUCAAUUCCUAAUAUAAAUACUAUGCAGGAUGAAAAAUACGGUGUGUCAUUGAAUUCUAUACCAGGAUUUCUGGAUGAUAAAUCAGGGCCACUUAUUAGCAAUGUUGUGCAAAAUGAAAACAUUUUGAUAGAUAAUUCACAAAUAGAUAUGCAAACAUUUUUAAAACCUGAAAAUAAUGAUAGUAUGAAUCCACUUAAUAAUGUUUCGGAAAAUCAAGAUUAUUCUAAAUUAGAAUCUAAUAAUAUACCAUCACAAGAACAGGACGUUAUGAUAAUUCAUCCACAACCAAAUGAUUUAAUAAAAGAUACCAUUUUAAAUGACGAAACUAAAAUGCAAAAUGCAUCGAACGAUUUUCCAUUGCCUACAAAUUUUGUAGAUACACAGCUGAAUGAAGAAUCAAAAAUUCAAGAAGCAAUGCAUGAAUUACCAGUUUUUCAAUUUGAUGAAUAUAAUAAAGAAAGAAAUGCAUUGCAUUCAUUGGAAAAUGUAGUAUUUGACGAACCUUUAGAGGAAGGACUAUCGAAGUACGAUAAAUCAUAUAUUGUAGACACGGAAAAUCCUGAAAACACGAAACAGGACAACUCUAAAAUAACUGCGUUCGCCAAUCCUAAUGAUGUUCACAUCCAGCAAAUAUCUCCUGAACAGUCACCAACUAGUGAUAAUAGCUAUCCAAACAAUAAGUAUUUAUUAAAUACGCCAUCAACUGACAUGCCAUGGUAUAAACCCUCAUUUCCAAAUACAGUUGAUUAUGUUCAACAAUCGAAUUCGAAUGCUAAUAAUCAACUACUAAGUUCGUUAUUAAAUUUUAAUCAAAAUCCAAUGUAUCCGCCAACUAAUAAUUAUUAUAAUCAACAAGACCCUUAUUCUGCUUUUGGUAAAAAUCAGAUGAUAUCUAAGACACAAUUACCUAGUUUGUCGCUAAAUGCCAAUCAACCAAGCUCUAAGGACAAUAGUGGAUGUAUUUACAAGAAAGUAGAUUUAAAGAACCCUCCUCCGAAUAUUUCUAAUUCAUGGUUAUUAUUAAAUAAAGAUUACACAAAAAACCCAAAUCAAAAUAACGCGUUUACGAGUUAUGAUGGUACAACACGUACAAAUAUCUUCGGAGCACCUUCAAUGUCUUACCAAAAUAAUAUUCAGGGAAUUUUAAAUUCAUCUUCAAACGAUAUGUUUGUACAAAAUAUGAUGUCCGUAAUAUCAAAUUCGCUUCAGGCACCGUUGGUUGGGACAAAAGCAAUAUUUGACGUAACACGUGCAAAUUUCCCACGUGCACCAGUGAGUCAUAUUAUUCGCUUAACACACGCUAUCGUACGAUCCGUGAUGCUCAGUCUUCGGCAGACUUUGAAUACGGUUAUGAACACUUUAUACGGUCGUCGAUCUAAACGUGAUUUCAAUCCUUCUGAGGCCCUGCAUAAAUUGCCGGGUGCUCUGAUUAACAAAUACUCUGAACAAUCUACCGCUGCGCCGACAGCAAAUAAUAUGAAUAUGCCAUACUAUACUCAACCGGAUUCAACAGGUCAACCACUGGUGGCAGAUUUUUUUGCAAGUCAACCAAUUCUUCAACAACAGCAGACGCGCUAUGAUGGUGUAACCGACAUGAAUUACUACGGAUCACAGUACAAUAAUAACAAUAGAGUCAUGCCGCAACCAGCGAACACUCAAAAUUACGUUUUAAAUUCUUUGGUCGAUGCCAUCACUACUGCAAUACGUUCAAAUGUGCCGGAUUCGUACUCAAUCGACACCCCAGAGGUAAAAGAAUACACCCAGCAAGUGAUCGUGACCGUUGAAAUAGUAUUCAAAAAUCAGAUUGAUAACAUAAUUUAUGGACAACCGCCAGCAAUGAAUACAUAGUAAAAACUAAUAAAUCAAUUAAAAUAGUUUUA